CUUCACUGCCAGAUCUUACCAAUUGGCGCUCUCCACCGCUUCGUGGACAAUCCGGGAUAAUCUAAAUCUAUCCUGACAGGUUUCAUUACCCAUUCAUCGACACUCAAUAUACCUCUUCGUCAGCUAAGUCACCAGGCCCUCCAAUUAUAAAGACGAUGGCAGUAGUUAAGUUUAAUUUAGACGACACCCUGUUUGACCAGGACCCCAAAUUGAUAAUCCGGAGUGUUAUAGCUUACCCAGACUAUUAUUUCACGUCGGAAUUUAAUAUAGCUGAUCGUGAUGGUGUGAGGCAAGCAACUUAUCGGUGGGACGAAGCGAGCUUCGAACCAUUUCCUGUUCCUUUGCUUAACACGGCCAUAGAAAUGCCGGACACUCCUGAUGAUAUUCUUAGCGAAUUUAUAGACGGAUUAGACAGGGAAUUCCCCGGUGCGAUCAACGCUUCCUAUCCAGUUCUCCACCAGAUUGAGCCUCCACUUCAUGCUGCGAUGAGAGUAGGUCGUGUGGGGGCCGUAUCGCAGCUCGUCCGUCGCGCAACUCUCGAUACAGAGAUGAAAUAUUCCCAGCAACAUCAUGAUACGCCCGGCUAUUGUAAAAUGUCUGGUUUCGCUCACACAGGACCAUGCGAACCAGAGCACGUCAAUUCACCAUGCCCAACUGCGCUUGAGUAUGCUAUUGAAUGCUACUGUAAUGCGCAACCAGGAUCACCGCUAAGAGAGAACAUCGAACAAUGCGCUUUGAUAUUGGUUGAUGCGAAUGCUUAUCCAGCACCAUUUGACAAUGACUCCCGUCUUAUCCCAAGCUUUAGACGAGCAAUACAAGGGCGCAUGAAUGGUUAUGUUUACGGAGUAAUAAACCAACUCUUGAAAUUGCCCUACACGGAUGCAAAUCGGAAUUACUUGCUUGGGCGCGGCUUAGAAAAAAUUCUCUAUGAAGCUGCUGGAGCGAUGGAAAAUAGCGGUCUUGUGAGUCGUAUAUUGGACACAAUAUCGAUGAACAACGAGAUCUUCCCAAUCCCCCACUAUCCGGCUACUUUAGGUGCGAAUCCUAUCGCGGCAGCUCUUGAGAAUAGGUGCCCGCAAAAUGCAUGCAACAUCUCGGAUUUCAUCUGGGACGUGCUGAACGAUCAUGAGGAGGAGCCAGAGCAAUGGGUGAGAGAUUUCUUAAGAAAUACCGAUAUAAUCAUUAAUGCAUCGAGCACUGAUGACAACUAUGCAUACCUUGAAAAUUUGAUGAUCUUCGUCCAUAACCCACCAAUUACCGAUUGGCCAAAUGGCAUAACGGAGUACAACGAAGAACUGGCCGAAUAUGUACGCCAAUGCGCAUAUGAAGCAAUUUCUUCAGGCAAGUUGGCAACACGCAAUACCGUAUUUCUCGUUGAACACGGGUGCGAUACAGCUCUCUUCUGGCGAGUAGCUAUUGGAUAUCGUAAUGUGGCAGCUUUGAUGGCUAUGAUCGCUAGCUGGUCAAAAAUAGGAAAAUCUCUAGAUGAACCCCAACCAGCAGUACCUGCGUUGGAAGGUCUUGGAGGUGCUGAUCUUCAAGAUAUUUCGAGUGGGUGGACAAUCCUAGGUGCCGUAGUUGAAGCUCGAUUUCUAACAGGGAUAGUGUUAGUGCUCAACGCAGAUGCCAAUCCCAAUAUUGUCAGUCAUGAAGACUGGAGAUCUCUCUUUGAUGAACUACUGGAAGCCGAGAGGGAUCUUAGUAUAUUGCAGGUCGUCAAAAUAUACUUCAGGGGUGAGUUCUUCAAUGGGGGUGAGCUUAUAGGAACUAUGGAUGAGCUGGAGAAGAAUGAGCUCGUAAGAGCCUGGCUGAGACUUGUGAUCCGUAUUGCUGAACUUCACAGUCGCGAAUAA